AUUGAUUUUAUAUGAACUUGUUUAGCCAUGAUGAAAUUAAUUUAUUGGAGGUAUCCAAAUAGAGGAUUGCUAGGCCGCAUAAGAUGGAAAGUUAGAGUUCAUUAAUAAUCAGUUAACAUCUUUGACUUCUCGACAAUUAUAAGAAGCUUGUAAAAAGAGUGAUUACUAUGGCAGAAAUGCAUUACAUUAUGUACAUAAACUAUCAUAUUAGGCUGCAUAUCGAGGACAUUACUCAGUAGUUGAAUAUUUUCUUGAUUUAUAGAGCAUAAAUAUUAACUCAUAAGAUAAUAAGGGUAAAAUAUAGUAAACUAUUAUUGAGGUAACACAGCAUUAAUGUUGGUCUGUGUUCGUGGGUAUAAUUCAGACAUUAAUACUUUGAGAGAUGGUUAGAAAUUUGAUAUAUGUUCUUUAUUGAUUGAAAGAGGAGCAUCAGUUGAAUAUUAUAAGAAAUCAGGAAUAAAUAAUCCUUUACAUUGGGCUUGCUUUUUUGGGGAUCUUAAAACAGCUAAAUUGUUAAUGUAUUUAGAGCCAAGCUUAAGUAAUUAUAGAAAGUGAUUUUAGUGUUGUUUACUAAUAACAGGGAUUAAUUUCCUAUUGAUUUAUCUCUUAUGACAGGUAAAGAAUUAGAUGAUAGGGAAUAAGAUGAAAAAGUUUUAGAGUAUAUGAUUAUGAAAUUCUUGGCUUAGUAUCUUGGUAGUGAAGAACAUAAAAAUAAAUUAGAAGUUUCUGAUAAAGAAUAUGAAACCUUUAGAAAUUUAAAUAAACAUAAACUUAAUAUUAAAUCCACAAAGCAAUUUAAAUAAGUAGGUCUCAGAUAUUUAUUUUGGGCAAGCACAUAAGGUAGAUUAGAUCUUAUAAAACCAUUAUUGAAUUGUAAAUAUUCACCAUUUGAACCAUCUUAUAAAGGUAGAAAUGCACUUCAUGCUGCUGUUUAUCAUAAUAAAUUAGAAUUAGUUAAAUUUUAUUUAGAAUCCGAAGAAUCUAGAAUUUUUAGAGAUGAUAAUGUAAUCAAUAUUAUGACAAAAGAUAAGCCUUAAACUGCCUUACAUAUAGCAGUUGAAAGAGGCCAUGUUGAAAUAGCUAAAAUAUUAAUAAAAAAAGGGGCUGAUCCAAAUUAUUAUAAUUUUAGAAAUCAUCGUGCUUUUGAUUAAUCAAGAUUAAGUGAAAUUAAAUAAUUAAAGAAAGAACUUUUUCCUAAUGAUUAAGAUAAUAAUUUAAGAUCUGGAUUUAUUCUUGUUGGUUAACAGAAAAUUAAAAAUGAAUUGUUAGAAUAAUAAUUUAAAAAUAUAUAAACAAAAUAUAGAAAAAAAAACGAAGAAGGAUACUAUAAGGGUGAAAAAGAAUAAUUUAAAUUUAAAUAUUAUACAUAAGAAUCUAUUGAUAAAGAAUAUACAUAUUAUUGUUUAAAAGUUAAUGAAGAACUUAAAAAUGAAAUUGCUGAUAAAAAUAAGAUGAUGAUUUAUAAUUCAAGAGAAGGAUAUUUAUCUCCUUUUAAAAAAGAAAUUUAAGAUUAAUUUGAAAAUUUUCAUCAUAUUCAUAAUUAAUAAAUCCUAUUAACUUUAUUAUAUGAUGAAUUUGAUAUUGAAUAAUUUAUAGAUGAUGGAUUACUUUUAGAAUAUUAUCCAUUACAUGAUGAAAAUGAAAAAGAAUUAAUUAUUAAUUUUUGGAAAAAUGAAAGAAUAAAUAUCCUAUAUGAACCAUUUUAAUUGAAAAAAUCAUCAAGUCGUACAUUUAGUGCAUUAGCAACUUAUUUUGGACCAGAAGUAGGAAUGUUCUUUGUUUUUUUAUGUUUUUUUUCAACUUGGUUAUUUUUACCAGCAAUACCAGGAUUAAUUAUAGGAGUAUAUUCAUUUUUUGAUAAAGAAGCUAUGUUGGCUGUUGCUCCAAUAUAUACUUUAUGUAUGGCUGUUUGGGCUACUAUCUUUUUUGAAUUUUGGAAAAGAAAAUAAAGUGAAACUAUGUAUAAUUUUGAUAUGCAUGUUACAAAAGAAUAAAGAAGAAAUAUUCCACAAUAUAAAGGAUCAUUUAUAAUUGAAGAUGUAACUCAUACUAUAGAAAUAAUGGAUACUAGAAAUGUAUAAUGGAAAUACUUUAAAUCAAAUACACCAUUAGUAAUUUUAGCUUUGAUCUUUAUUGCGGGAUAAUAGACAGGUUAUUACUAUUUAAAAUAGGUUUAUGAAGAUGAUGAUUUUUAUUAAACACUUUGGGUCUGUAUAUUAGCUUUUACGGUUUUAAUUACAAAUGAAAUCUUUAAUUAUUGUGCAAAACAUACUCUUAUUUACGAAAACCAUUAAUUCCAAGAUGAAAGAGAAAAUGUUUAUAUAUUAAAAGUAUUUGCUUUCACUUUUCUUAAUUCUUUUGGAAGAUUGUUUUAUAGAAGUAUUAUUAGACCUGAUUAAGAAGAAUUACAUCUAUUCAGUAUAUCAUUCACAAUAAUAUGGUCUGUAGUUCAUCUUAUUCGAUAUUUUAUAUAUCCAUGGAUAUCUUUUAGUUUCAUUAAAUUAAAGUUUAAUUGGGAUUUCAAUCGAUUUAAAUCAUAAAACAAUAAAUAAGUCAAUAUACAAUAAAAAAUAGGAGAUACUGAAACUAGUGGAAUGAAUAAAUCAUUUGAUAAGGUAAUAUCUUCUUAAUAUUUACUUUAACAAAUUGAAUUAAAUAAAAGAAUGAUAGAUCCACCAGAUCAUGUUGAAUAAUUCACUUAUUUUGUAAUUAUAAUAUAAAAAAAUAGAUGACCUAAUUUUGUAUGGUUACAAUGUUUGGUGCUGGUUCAUAAAUAAUACCUAUUAUUACCUUGUUUUUUAAUUUACUAAAUAUUGAAGGAUUAUUAUACGGAUAUAGAAAAUUCGUUAAAAGACCAUUAGCAGAACCCAAAAAAAAUAUAGGAGUAUGGAAUGAUAUCUUAUAAUUAAUCGGCUAUAUUGGUAUUGUUUCAAAUUGCUUAUCUAUUUAUUAAGCAAAUUAAGAAUAGUUAAAUUAUUUGAUCGGAGCAAGUAAUGAAACCUCUAAUCAAGAUCAAACUAAUGUAAUAUAUUACUUAAUUUAGCUUGGACUAAGAAACUUUUUAUUAUUAAUUGUUGCUGAGCAUAUAGUUAUUGGAAUUAAAUUUGUAAUUGAAGCAGUAAUUCCAGAUGAGCCUGAAUGGAUUGAACUUGUCUUAAAAAAAGAAGAAUAUUUAUCAGAAAAAAAUAAAUCAGCUGAGUAAAAGUAUGAUUAAUCUAUCAAGACUCUAGAAAAUAAAGUCAAAAAAGAUUGA